AUGGAGAAGCAGAACACAGAGCUGUACUUGAAGAACUGCCAUAUUAUUCUUGAAAAUGAGAGGCUAAGAAAGAAAGCACAACGGCUCGACCAGGAGAAUCGGGCUCUGUUAUCUCAGCUGCAGCACAGACUUUCAGAACCAAGUUCUGGACAAAAAAAUGAAAUCAACGACACUCCAAAUUCCGUAUUUGCAGCUCAAGAAUUUCCAUUUCCUUGCACUGUUUCUCCUUCUCUUACUUCUUCAGCAAUGUCUUGGAAAAUCAUAGUAGUCUUGUUGAUUGGCUCUCUAGCAUGGGCACAACAGGCCUUUUGGCCUCCACUUCCCCGUAUUUGCGGUUCUCUUGGUGGUCCACCUGUCACAGCACCCCGAAUCAAGCUUAGAGAUGGAAGAUAUUUGGCAUAUAAAGAGCACGGAAUCCCAAAAGAAACAGCAAAAUAUAAGAUUGUCUUGGUUCAUGGCUACACUGGUGGUCGACAUGACGCUUCUUUUUCUACAUCGGCAUUAGUUGAAGAAUUUGGGAUAUACAUUGUGACUUUUGACAGACCAGGAUACGGAGAGAGUGAUCCGGAUCCAAAACGAACUAUAAAGAGCACAGCUUUAGAUAUAGAAGAGCUUGGUGAACAAUUACAACUUGGUGCCAAAUUUUAUGUCAUUGGGAUUUCCAUGGGAGGACAGGUUGUCUGGGGCUGCCUCAAGUACAUUCCUCACAGGUUGGCUGGAGCAGCAUUGAUUGCUCCAGUUAUCAAUUACUGGUGGCCUAGUUUUCCUGCAAACUUAUCUACAGAAGCAUACAAUCAACAGCCCUUAGAGGACCAGUGGGCACUUCGAGUGGCACACUAUAUGCCCUGGCUCGUCUACUGGUGGAACACUCAGAAGUGGUUUCCUUCCUCUACUGUUACGGCUGGAAAACCUAAUCUUUUGGCCCCAGAUUUGAAAAUUGUUUCCAAAAUAGCUGGAAGAACGACCAGAAGGGAAUAUGCAAGUCAGCAAGGAGUAUUUGAGUCAUUUCAUCGUGACAUGAUGAUCGGGUUUGGGCAUUGGGAAUUCGAUCCUAUGGAUCUUGAGAACCAUUUACCCGACAGUGAAGGUUCUGUUCAUCUGUGGCACGGCGUUGAGGAUGGGAUGGUGCCUGUUUCACUGCAGCGCUACAUUGCUGAGAAGCUUCCUUGGAUACAAUACCAUGAAAUACCAGAUGCUGGACAUCUAUUUGCAUAUGCUGAUGAUAGCUUAAAAGAUUCAAUCUUGAAGACACUUUUGACAGGGGAUAAGUAA